AUGCAGCCGUCUCAGGAGCACACCGGCCACGCCCCGUCGCGUCUCAGUGGAGUCCCUAUGUAUCACGUCCAAGACCAUAGAGUGGGGUCGCCCACCGCCCAUGUCGUCCAACAAGCCCAACCUAGCUACACAUCGUAUGCCAUCCCGCAUUCGAACACUGCUGCACUGCCCGCCAUGCAGCACCAGCACCAGCAUCAGAGUCAACCAAGCUCUGCCUAUGUCCUCCCAGCGCUGACCCAGGCGCUCGCGAAGCUUCACGACCACACCUACGAACGAUUCGAGCACGUCGAGGGGUCCAUUAAGACAGUCCUCGACAAUAUCGCAGCUGCCGAGGAGCGAGCCCGCUCCGAGACCUCUCAGCUUGCCCAGUGGAUCGAGCGGUCUCACAUCCUCCAGAUCAAGGCCGUGCAGAGCGUCCUGGGUCGCGUGCAGAAGCUCGACGGGCUCAUUGGAGGCGUGUCGGAGCCGCAGCCAGACGUGUCCGUUAAGGACCGCCUCCAACGCCUCGAGUAUGCUCUGCAGGAGCUCCUGGAAAAGACUGUUGACCCGCAAGCCCCUCCGGCAGUCUCUGAUCGCAUAGACAAGGCCGUCAACACGAGUCCACACCUCGUGGCACGAGAUCUUGUCGACAAGGGCAUCGAUCCCCAUCUUCCGAACGCCGAGAAGACGUAUAUUGACACAGGCGUAGAUGCCCCGGUCGUUAGAUUCAUGCAUGCCUCAAUCGAUGCAUGCGCCGCGAUGAUCGACGCGUCCACUGAUGCACUCACACCAGGCAAGGCCAACGCAGAAGUCGAUGCGCUCAGGCCGCUUUACUCAGAUACAGCAGUCCAUGCGCACAGCGCUGUGCACGUCGACACCGAUGUAGGCUUCCCGCAAAGAGACUCCCGAUCCCGAUCACUCUCAUAUGUCCACAUGGACUUGGCCGCGUUCGGGAAAGCUGUCCCAGUACAGACGCGUUUUCCUUCCUCUCCCUUUGCCUCUGAACCCAUGGCACCUGCCGCAUGGACAGAAAGCUCGGACACCGCAUCACCCAGUGCUGACAGCAACAAUACACCACGGCUGAAAGCAGAAAAUUUGCCGGUGUCAUCCGGUGCGCUCCCCGAGCAUCGGGCCAUUGAAGAUGACGACAGGAAGGAAGAGGGGACGUCUGCAGCUCAGCGAGAGGCCGACUCGUCCGACCCUGACCCGGACGAACUAGGGCUGUUCAAUCCAAUUGACGGCUCCCCGCAAUCAGAAGGCGUCGCAACGCCCAUUGCACUACCAGUCAUCACGCAUGCGCCCUCGUCCGCAAGCUCCAAGAGCGUGCUGAGCAGCGCCUCCCCUUCCGCGUCCGCAUUAACCUCGCCCGCUCCCGUCAGCACGUUGGACGCACCCUCGCGUUCCUCUACAGUAUCUGCGGUGAGCAGCUCGACCGUCGCCGCUGGGUCGACCGCUGCACGAGGCACCCCGUCCUCCUUAUCAAAGACACUCGCACCGUCGUCCUCCCCCCGCCUUCGGCUUCCGCUCCCGCGCAACCUCAAAUCGAUGCCCCCUUCUCCCGCGCUCUCCACGCUUUCCUCUCUAUCUAGCCUCUCCUCCUUGGCUGGGUCCCAGCCGUCCAGCUCCGCUCCAGCCAGUGUCUCCUCGCCGUCCAUCCAGCUUGCCUCUAUACCGCCUCCUGAAUCCCAGCCUCCCGAGCGUGAUGACUCGCCUGAGAUCCAGAUCAUUGAGCCACCACCAACGCAUGGCCGCGCGAAGCGCCGCGGAAAGAGCGGCAGCACCCUUAAGAAACCGCCCGCGGAGAGGCCACGCAAGAGGCGCAAGACCGACGGCGAUGCCCUGGAGAGCGUCAAGGUGGAACAGACCAAGCGGCGGGGUCGGCCGCCGAGGCACUCGACGGGUGCUCCGCGUGCAGGUGGCCGUGCGGUUCCAAGUGCAGCUAUGGCGGAUGGGAGGGCACUUGAACCUGAGGGAGAGACGCCGCCGUGUAGGUGGCCGGAGAAGGCGCGGAAUGGGGAGAUGCAGCGUGAGUUCGUGCAAUGCGAUAAUUGCGAUGCAUGGUAUCAUUUUGGGUGUGUCGGGCUCGCGGCGGGCGACCCCCGCCUCGAUCCUGAUGCAAGUUUUCAUUGUCCGCCAUGCGAAUCAUCUCGGCAGCAACGCGUACGGCGCCACGGGAUGGACAUCCGUAACCCGGGCUGCGGCCGUCCCGACUGCGACCACAAGGGUCAGGCGGAGGAGACGCACGAGUACUUCGUUGAGCGGAUCAUUGGGCGCAAGCCGCACGGGGUGACGAAUGACGAGCCGCCGGCGGAGUUUUUGUGGCUCGUAAAGUGGGACGGGUACAAGGCGGUCGCCGCGACGUGGACCCUGCCGAUUCAUCUCGGCGACUGCGCAGGGUUCAUCGACGAUUUUGAGAAUGCAGCGCUGAUUGAGGGUCAUGAUCUCGAGGACUCAUACGCGACUGUGUUGCUGAAUGAGGCAGCGGCUGUGGGGUGGUGGUGA